CUUGUAUUCUUUUGUUGUGCGUUUGACUUCUAACUUGCAUCGUCGAAGACUUCGAGGAAGAAAACAGUCCCGAAGAUGGAGUACGAGAACAAGCUGGUGCUUGCUCCCAUGGUUCGAGUUGGAACCCUACCGCUUAGGUUGCUUGCUGCUGAAUACGGUGCAGACAUUACGUACGGCGAAGAGAUUAUUGACCAUAAACUCCUCAAAUGUGAGCGAAAAGUCAACGAAUACAUUGGGUCGACUGAUUUUGUAGAGAAGGGAACAAACAAUAUUGUUUUCAGAACGUGCCAUGAAGAAAGAAAUAGGGUAGUUUUUCAAAUGGGCACAUCUGAUGCUGUGAGGGCUCUAGCUGCUGCUCAAAUAGUGUGUAAAGAUGUAGCUGCAGUAGAUAUCAAUAUGGGUUGCCCGAAGUCAUUUUCUAUUAGUGGGGGUAUGGGCGCUGCACUUUUGGCUAAACCAGAGCUCAUUCAUGAUAUUUUGACAACACUAAAGAGAAACUUGGACAUACCAGUUACAUGCAAGAUUCGAUUGUUAAAUUCAUCAGUAGAUACAGUAGAACUGGCAAGACGAAUUGAGAAAACAGGUGUUUCUGCCCUUGCUGUCCAUGGAAGAAAAGUUGCAGAUAGGCCGAGGGAUCCUGCUAAAUGGAGUGAGAUUGCAGAUGUUGUAACAGCAUUAUCUAUUCCAGUUAUUGCGAACGGUGAUGUAUUUGAAUAUGGCGACAUUCAACGCCUUAGAAAUGCAACAGGUGCCUCAUCGGUGAUGGUGGCAAGAGGAGCUCUCUGGAACGCUUCAAUUUUCUCCCCAAAGGGCAAAUUACACUGGGAAGAUGUGAAAAGAGAGUACAUUAGGAAGAGCAUCUUAUGGGAUAAUGAUGUUAAAAGCACGAAACACACUUUGAAGGAAAUGAUAAUACGUCAUUCUUGUCUUGAGCUCUCUGAAGGGAAGGCUGUAAUCAAGUCAGAAACCUUGGCUGAUCUAGCGCAACUUUAUGGUGAGGAAAAUUACUACGGUGUUGUCGGCGAGAUCGACUGUCAAUGAAUGGUUAUCGAUGAGCAUAUCGGCGCCAUGAAUCUCGAAUAGGAAGCAACUUGCAAAACUACCAAAAAAAAAAAAAAAAAAAGAACCAAACCCAAUUUAUUACUCCACACAAAAGCAUUUCUGGAAAUUUGUUAUUUGUCUUUGUCAUUUUUUUAAAGGUUGUGUUUGGUCGAUGUCAUCUCUUUGAAUGGAAAAUUUUAUGUAUUCUUUGGUGCAGCCGAAGUUAUAUAAUACAUAUAUUAUACUACCUACUGGUGGUACGAAAA